AUGACCGCUGGAAAUGUGAUCAGGUCUGUCUUGAAGUAUGGUUCCAUCUCAGUCGCAUCUUGUGUCGCUCUAUACGCUGUCUUCCUAGCGCUUCUUGCAACUCCCUUCCUCCAAACCCAUGUUAUCUACCUCCAUAAGAUUCAGAUGACGUGGUUCAAAGAUCUCGAUACCCCGGAGCUCUGGGGAUUCCUUCGUAACCAGGCGACACCGUUCUAUAUCAAAACCCCUGACGGCCACUCGUUGUAUGCCUGGCAUAUUCUACCACUGGAACUAUACCGGAGACAUGAACAGGCUCUUGUGCUCGAGACAUCUGGCUUUGUCUCUGAUUUUUCCUCUCGCCUUGCAUUUAAACUGCUACGUGAUGACCCUGAAGCGCGCUUAGUAUUACACUUCCACGGAGCUGCAGGUACCGUCGCUUCAGGUUAUAGGCCAGCCAACUAUCGUGCCUUAUCGGUCAAUUCACCUGGGAAAAUCCAUGUUCUGACCUUUGAUUAUCGCGGGUUUGGGCAAAGUAGCGGCAAACCUCCUUCAGAGCAUGGACUUAUCCUCGACGCCAUUGCUGUUGUUGAAUGGGCCAUAAAUGUUGCGGGAAUCCCACCUUCUCGCCUACUGAUUUUUGGCCAGUCCAUCGGUACUGCAGUUAGCUUGGCUAUGUUGCGGCAUUUCGCCUUACAAUCACCGCCUGUAUCUUUUGCAGGGACUGUCCUGGUCGCUCCGUUUGUCAAUGCAGCAAGUCUCGCGGCAACCUAUAAUGUUGCAGGUACCAUCCCGUUAUUGUCACCAGUAGCGAGGAUUCCCAUUCUAUUUAAACGACUUAGCUCCCUUAUACUGGACAAAUGGCUCAGUAGCAGCCGCCUGAGUGAUUACAUCCGUACAAAGGAGUCAAACAACGAAAAGUAUAGAAUUACAUUAAUCCAUGCUGAGGAUGACUACGAUAUACCGUUUCACCACACCCAGUCUCUUUUUUGGAGCGCUGUCAAUGCGACAGUGUCAGAUGGCAUUACGCAUAAAGAGUUAGAUUUAAAGAAAGCUGCAGAGAAGAUAGACAAUGCCGCCGCAGGAUCGGUGAUGGAGUGGCGCACGGAAAAUGGAGUGAUCAGAGAGCAGAUACUAAAGACCGGAUUGCACGAUGUCAUUAUGGGCUAUCCAGUCAUUUCUGUAGAGGUUAUGCGUAUACUUACUGCCUCAGAUCCGUCAUUUAGUUGA